CCGUAAACAGCUGGCUUCAUAACGGCGUAGUAGGUCCACUGAUCAAUGGUCUCGUACACACACAGCGGAAUACACACGAUGGAAGAACUGCACGUAUUUGGAUAUGGCUCUCUUAUGUGGAAACCCGACUUUCAUUAUACCACAAGGGAACACGGGUAUAUUCGAGGAUACCAAAGACGAUUCUGGCAAAGCAACACAGAACAGAGGGGCACAGACCAAAAGCCUGGAAGAGUAGCUACUUUGAUCAAAACAGACGCACAGGAUUGUCUUUGGGGAGUGAAGUUCACGGUGAAAGGUGCGAAAAAAGUGGCACAGGUCUUAGAAAAACUGAGUGUGCGGGAAAAAUUACUCGGCAGUUAUGUGACAAUCACAACGGAGUUUUACGGCAAAAACGCGAGUCCUUGUGACGUGUUAGUGUACAUGGCAACAGAAAGGAACCCCUUGUACGUGGGGCCCGUGUCCGAGAAUGAGGACACAGACUUAGAGUGUAUUGCUGACACUGUGGUGCGGACACGUGGGACUGCCGGUCCAAACUCGGAAUAUGUGACACGGUUAGCGGAUUAUAUCCGGAAACACAUACCAGAGGAGAGAGACGAGCAUUUGUUUAACCUGGACAAUAAGAUCAAAAAUAAGAUUUAUAUUCACGAAUACAGACAUCAGGGUUAGCUAAUAAAUUAAUGUAAAAUUA